CCCGGCGCUGUCCGGACUCCUUCAACCUCCUGCCUUCUUUAUGUGCUCACGGCUGCCGGCCGGGAGCGCCGGGGCACCGUUCCCCCGGGGUCCGCCGGGCGGGGAGGGGACGAGGUUGGUGGUGGGUACGAUGGGUACGCAUUUGAGGUGCCUGUUGAGAGUUCGUGGGGCUUGGACACACGAAGGUUCUCCUGGGGAGGGAGGCGAUGCUCCCACAGCCCGGGAGUGCGAGUGGAUGCACUCCAAGAGGAGGAGGAAGGCUGUGGCCGAGGAGGAUGAGAAAGGUAGCGCUGGGGCCAAUGCCAGAGGCUGGGAAGGCAGAACUGAGGGAAUGUGGCAGGCGGUACCGGUAGGAGACACCCUGGGCUGAGCUGGUGCCUUUGGGAGUGGGCAGUUUAGCCCGGCCAGGGGCUGAGAGCCGAGGAGGUGGCUGUUCUGCACCUUCAUACCCCCCUUCCUUCAUGGUCUCCCUCUAAGACAUAUCUGCUUGGCUGCUUGCUCCAUUAGCAUCUGGACAAGGAGAGUGAGGAGAGUGAGGAGAGCUGGCAGCACCAAAGGCUGAGCCAUGGUUGCACAGCUCCUUACUGGGACCACCUUUCCCCGGGGAGAGUGAAAGGGCCCUUGGCUCCUCCACCUCAGCCCUCCAGGAGAAUACCAGUGGCUGUAGCCCCUUGGGUGUCCUCACAGCAUCUCACUUCUCCAGGCAGAGGGACUUUGUAGGGAGCUUUUGCAGGUCACUUCUGGCUUUCAUCUUCUCCUGUCGAUCAGAGGAGCUGGUGCUUUUCAUCUUUCCAUUUUAAUGAGUUUUGGGGUUUUGUGGACCCCUUUUACCAGAGGAAGUGAAGAGGACACUCUAAAUGUCAAGUAAACAUCUUGACACUUGAGCGAUGGUGUUUUCACCAGAAGUACAGGAUGGUGGAAAAUAGCCUGAGCUGCUUCCUGCACUGCCUGUGUGGGUGCAACUGUUCUGUGCUGCCACACAGCUCACCCCUGCUCUGUCUGCCCCUCACCCCUGGCUGCUCUGUCACGCACCCUGUAGUUUUGGUGGUUUGCAGAAGUGCUCCUGGUUUUCUCCUAUGCCACCAUUGUUGCCAUGCUCCAGUCACCAGCCUUUGGGUGACUGCACUGGAGAGACGGGUGGAAGGAACAAGACAGUGGUGUCAGCAGGGCCAGAAUUUCCCAGGAGAGAUUUCAGUUCAAGCCUGGGAGAAGAGAUGCAUCCUUUGCAUCCAGGGGUGCUGCUUGGGCUCCCACAUGUGAGCAGGAGCUGUGACUUCCUGUGUGACAAGGGAUGGCACCUGCUGUACCCAUACCUCAUGCUGUCAGGUGGGAGUUGUGGCAACACGGUCCUUGGAGCAUGGCAGCUGCCUGGGCAUCUUUCCAACAUCCCUGCCCUCUGUUCCCACCACCCUUUCAGGAGGGGCUGGAGCUGUGCUGGACCCUGGUGCAAGGCUGGUGUGGGCACUGCUGGGGGUGUCUGGGCCCCCCUUGCCAAGCUGCCCAUCUGUGUUUUCUCUGGUGGGCACAGAGCUGUGCUGUGUUCUGCAGGACCCCCUCCCAUGCUGUCUGCUUGGGCAACAUGUGGGGAGCUCUUCUGUGUGCUCCUGAUGACAUGGAAGGUACCAGGACAUGGUUUGCCUCUUGGCUUGCCAGGGCAGGAGCCUGGGAGCCCCUCUGCUGUUUCCACAGCUCUCACAUCUUGGUUCUGGGCAGGAGGGCUGUGUGCUGGAAGAUGGGCUGCUCCAUUCUGGAAUGUAUUUUGUGUUGUGUUUCUCCUGAUCUGGCCUUGCACCACUACAAAGAACAUAAUUCCUGGUCUGCUCUUUGCUUCUGCUCACCACGCAGAGCCUUCUCCCAGACAGAGACCAACCUGUGUGUCUUGCUACCUGUCCUCCUGCUACCUGUGUCACUGAGCAGUGCUCUGCCUGAUGGCUUUGAGUGUCCCUCUGGCAGCACCAAGCUGGGAGAGGGAUCCCUGCCUCUUGCAGAGCCUGGGCUUAUCUGGGGUGUGCUGCUGCAGCAGGGGCUGCUCUGGGAAGAGCUAAGCAGAGUGUGUUUCCUGCAGGUAGUGAAGAUGUCCAGCAGCGACCCUGAGUGCCCCCAGCUCCUCUUUGUGAAGGUGCUGGCAAGCCGAGGGCGGCUGGAGGCGGUGACCCAGCAGAUGGGCUACCACCCCCAGUACCUGGACAGCUUCCUCAAGACGCAGCACUACCUGAUGCACAUGGACGGCCCUCUGCCCUUUGACUGCCGGCACUACAUUGCCAUCAUGGCAGCAGCUCGGCACCAGUGCCGGUACCUAGUGAACCUGCACGUGCUGCAGUUCCUGCGGGCAGGGGGGGACCCCCAGUGGCUGCGCGGCCUCGAAUUCAUCCCCCCCAAACUCCGCAACCUCAAUGAGAUCAACAAGAUCCUGGCACACCGGCCAUGGCUCAUCACCAAGGAGCACAUUGAGAAGCUGCUGAAGAUCAGCGAGUGGAGCUGGUCGCUGGCGGAGCUGGUGCACGCCGUCGUCCUCCUGGCACAUUGCCACGCACUUGCCAGCUUUGUCUUUGGCUGUGGCUGCGAGCAGGACGAGGGGCUGGGGAGCCGAGGCUUGCUGAAGCCACUGUCACUCGGGAACCAGUGCUUCUGUGAGGCCACUGCCAGCAACAGCUAUGGCCAGGAGCUGCUGCGCAUCAACCGCAAGCGGUCCCUGGACUCCUGCAUGGAGCUGGAUUCCCUCCGGGAACGCAUGCAGCGGAUCCAUGUGGAGACUGAGGGCAGGGACGAGAUGAGGCUGCUGCAGCAGGACCGAGAGGAAGGGCUCUCCCCUCUUGCAGAUACUGACAGCGAAGUCACCGGUGCCACCAACCUUGCAUGCUACAUGCAGGACCCUGACUUUGGAUACCAAGACUUUGCCCGGCGUGACGAGGAUCAGACGCAGGUAUUCAGAGUCCAGGACUACUCAUGGGAAGACCAUGGCUUCUCACUGGUCAACCGGCUCUACUCUGACAUUGGGCAUCUCCUGGAUGAGAAGUUUAGGAUGGUGGAUGGUCUGCAGAGCAGUGCCAUGGCCAAGCGGCAGGGCUGUGAACCCUCUGUUUUCAAGCGGGGCAUCUGGAACUACAUCCACUGCAUGUUUGGCAUUAGGUACGAUGAUUAUGACUAUGCAGAAGUGAAUCAGCUCCUGGAGCGAAUGCUCAAAGUUUACAUUAAAACUGUAACGUGCUACCCAGAGAAGACAAACUCAGAAAUGUUUGACAGGUUCUGGAAGCAGUUCAAGCACAGUGAAAAGGUGCACGUGAACCUGCUGAUCCUGGAAGCCCGGAUGCAGGCAGAGCUGCUGUACGCAUUGCAGGCCAUCACCCAGUAUAUGAUCUCCUAGAUGCUGGAGCUGCGGCAGGGCCUGGCAGCCUCCUCUCUCCCUGAACUCGUGCGGGACCCGUCACGCUGGGACCGACGGCAAGGGAUUCCUUGAUUUAGUUCACUUGACUGUAUUGUUCCUUUUUGUUGGUUCCCCACCCCCGCCUUGUGGGGGUCACUGAGUGGCCCUGUUACGUGCAAUUACCAAACUGUGAGGCAAGUCCAUGCUGCUGAGAUGCUGGAGACUUGAACAUGUCCAAGGAGGACUGCCAAAAACAUGGGGGAGAGGGAAGUGGGAGGGGACUGGGGCCAGAUUGGAGGGAUGCUCCAUGCCUGGGUGCUGUGGGAGCCUCAGUGGCACAGGGAGGGCAGAGGGGAGAACUGGCUUCCUUCCCUGUGCUGCAGUGGCUGCUCUGCUUGCAAAGCCACGCUUGGGCACCUGUCCUCAUCGGGGUGGUGUCUCUCACUUGGGAACAGUGUGGGCAGCAUGUGGGUGUGUUGAAAUGUUCUGAGUUGCAGGGUUAAGCAGCAAGAAGCGCUGGCUCCUAGCAAGGGCCCUUCCCCAGGGCAGCAAGGGGAUGCACUUGCUGCCUGCAUGUUAUGUCCUUUAGGUCUAUGUGCCAAACCCUUCUGGGAUGGACAAGAGAUGACCCAGCAAACUCCAAACUGUGAAGCUCUUGCUGGCAGAGCAUCCUUGUGCUUUGCUUUCUCCGACAGCGGGAUGAGAAGGUCUUUGACAGUGUUCAGGCACUGGAGGUUUCUGCUGGGGGCUUUGGCAGUCCUAAGCCCGUCCUCUGCUCCACAUCAGCAGAGAGGCAGGAGGAACAAGGGAAGCUUGUUAAUGUGUUUGAGUUAAUGUGGUUUGUAUCUUCUUACCACUAUGGGCGGGCUGAGGUCCUGUGCCCAGUCACUUGCUUAACAGCAUGGUGGAGGAGCCUGUGGUCAGCACAGGUAAGCUACAAGAAGCUUCUCCUUGAAUGUGGGUUGGGGGGCACUCCUGAGACUGCCCCAUCUAAACAGAGGCAGCCUGUCCACCAGCCUUGCCCUCUGCCUGGGGGGGCUACACCACCAUUCCUCCCAUCUCCCUGGGCUGCUCCCUGCCUGUGCCACAACCCCUGGCUGGAGAGGUACAAGGGCACCAGUGCAGGCUCCAGAGAGCAGCCACAAAAGGGGAAUGAAGCCACCCGUUGUAAGUGGGAGCCUGAAGCAAGGGCAGCUGUCGAGCCAGCCAGUGCACACUGCUUCAGUCGACCUGUUUACUGCGUAAAUAUACGGGGAGAAAACCUUGUGUAUGGAAGCUACAGAAAAAGCCUAUUUUUGCUAUAAAUAUAUUAUGUUUGACACGGA